AUGCAUGCCGCAACCGCGUCCAGUUCGACACUACCGCCGUAUGGAGCGCCUCCGCGCUCACCUCUAGGGCCACGGAAGCCGCAAGGCGUCCCGCGCUCCGCCUCCGACCGAUCAAUCCGCAACGGCGCGACCAGCGGCGAAGCCAGCCCCACGCGCAGCGCGAGCACGCCGAACCCGUCCGUGAGGCGCUCAGCGAGCGCGACGUCGGCCGUCGCGGGCGGCUCCAGCUCGCUGAAGGACGCUAAGGCGCCGUCGAAGAAGCGCAGCACCGCGGACACGGGCACGCCUGGCCCGGGCGAGCGCUACCGCGCGACGCCGCGUCUACCCCACGACAAAAACGCGAAGCCGGUGCCAGCGACGUUGAUGCAUUGGAGCCCGGCGCCGGUGUAUGGCUAUCUGCCGACUCGCGGGAUGCGCGCGCAUACGGUUACGAUGGUGGACAACGUAGCCUGGGUGUUCGGCGGAUGCGACGACAAAGGGUGUUGGCAGGACGUGUGGUGCUUCGACGUCGAGACCAUGUUCUGGAGUCACCCGCAAAUGCUUGGAGAUAUACCGCCACCCUGCCGCGCGCAUAGCGCAACGCUCGUCGACCGCAAGAUCGUGAUCUUUGGCGGAGGCCAGGGCCCACAGUACUACAACGACGUCUACGUGCUCGACACCGUUACCCGGCGCUGGACUAAACCCGUCUUCUCACACCCGAUACCGGCGCCCCGACGCGCGCACACCACCGUCCACCACAAGAACAAGCUCUGGAUUUUCGGUGGAGGGAAUGGAAUGGAGGCGCUGAACGACGUCUGGACGCUCGAUGUCGGCGUGCCCAUCGACCGGAUGCGAUGGGAGCUUAUCGAGACGGGGCCGAAGAAACCGAGCCCUAGAGGAUAUCACACCGCCAACCUCAUCGGGAACGUUAUGGUGGUCAUCGGCGGUAGCGACGGGAGGGAAUGCUUCUCGGACGUAUGGUUGUUCAACAUAGAUACGCUCGGUUGGUUAAACGUCAAGCUCGAAGUGGCCCAUCGGCGGCUAUCCCAUAGCUCGACCCAGAUCGGCUCAUACCUAUUCAUCACGGGCGGUCACGACGGAACCAACUACACCUCCGAGCUUCUCCUCUUCAACCUUGUGUCGUUACAGUACGAAGCGCGCCAGACCGUUGGCAAGCGGCCGUCUCCGCGGGGCUACCACGUCGCAGUUCUGGCUGACGGCCGACUGUUCGUGUUUGGCGGAUUCAACGGGCACGAGGUAUACGAUGAUGUUCAUAUACUCGACCUUGCUGCUGCUGCGUACCUGCCGCAGGUGACGAGCUUUCGGAUCGAGAUGGAUUUACUAUAG